GAGGAGGGCCCGGGCGCGGGGCCCGGCGCGUGCAGCCUGCACCUCAGCGAGCGCGCCGACUGGCAGUACUCGCAGCGCGAGCUGGACGCUGUGGAGGUCUUCUUCUCGCGCACCGCCCGGGACAACCGACUCGGCUGCAUGUUCGUGCGCUGCGCGCCCUCCAGCCGCUACACGCUGCUGUUCUCGCACGGCAACGCCGUGGACCUGGGCCAGAUGUGCAGCUUCUACAUCGGCCUCGGCUCGCGCAUCAACUGCAACAUCUUUUCCUACGACUACUCGGGCUACGGCGUCAGCUCGGGCAAGCCUUCCGAGAAGAAUCUCUAUGCCGACAUCGACGCCGCGUGGCAAGCGCUGCGCACCCGGUACGGCGUAAGCCCUGAGAACAUUAUCCUGUAUGGUCAGAGUAUUGGGACUGUCCCCACGGUAGAUUUGGCCUCACGGUACGAGUGUGCAGCAGUCAUUCUCCACUCCCCUCUCAUGUCUGGUUUACGAGUAGCCUUUCCGGACACCAGAAAGACAUACUGCUUUGAUGCUUUCCCCAGCAUUGACAAGAUAUCUAAAGUCACCUCUCCCGUAUUGGUCAUUCACGGUACAGAGGAUGAGGUCAUCGAUUUCUCCCAUGGCCUAGCCAUGUACGAGCGCUGCCCUAGAGCCGUGGAGCCCCUCUGGGUGGAAGGGGCUGGGCAUAAUGACAUAGAGCUUUAUGCACAAUACUUAGAAAGGCUAAAACAGUUCAUAUCUCAUGAGCUUCCUAAUUCUUGAAGAAGACAACUUGAUUUUACCUCAUUUACUGUGAACAGAAGAGUCCUCUGUUUUGCACAUGCUUUAACUGGAUCGCCAGAACAACUUGAUAACCAUGAAGAAGUGCCCAACCUUUAGGGUGUUCCAAUCAAAGAGCUGAUGACAUCUCAGCCUUUUGUGUCUAGAGGUUGUUCUACUAAUUUACACAGCAUGUUAAACUGAACAGGUGCCAUCUCCAGCUUCCUUUCCUUGCAGUGAUGGAGGUGAGAGCUGAAUGUGAGACGGCUUUCUUGUGCUCAUAUCCAUGUUCUCCUCCCUCCCAUCAUUGAUGCUUCAUUCAGGCA